AUGGCGCAGUGCUUGCGGUGGGAGAGGGGAGACAGCGUGCUGGAUGUGGGGUGCGGCACGGGACGAACAACGCAGCACAUCGCCCAGCAAGGAGUCAAGUCAGUGGUUGGGAUCGACCAGUCCCCGGACUUUAUAAGGUGUAAAAUGGGUAUACCUGAUUUCUGUUGGGGAGAGAAUCUUUCUUUCUAUAUUUACAGAUACACAAAGGAAAACGCAGAAGACACAAAUGUUUCCUUCUCCGUGGCCGACAUUCAGCGAUUCUCUGAACUUGAGCCCUCUUGGCUGCAGUCCUUCGACAAGGCAGUGUCCUUCUACGUUCUACAUCUCAUAAGGGACAAGCGAAGCGCUUUAGAAAACAUCCGCGCCUGUCUGAAACCUGGCGGACAGCUGCUCAUGAUCGUUCCGACGGACGACAACGUGUUGAUGGUGACAACACGGCACAUGUCGUCUCAUCGCAGGUGGGGGAAGUACCUGGCUGAUUGUCCGCGGAUGAUGCCAUGGUCUGCUGACGACCGCGAGGGUUUGAGUGGACUGGCGGAAGAGUGUGGAUUUGAGGUGUUGUCGUGUGAGUGCCCUCUCAUGCUCCAUUGGUACAGUUCGGAAGAAGCCACCAUCAGUGCCAUGCUGCCAUUCUUGGGUCUCCACUACAUCCCAGCCGAGGAGCACGCCGACUUUCUCUCCGACUGGUGGGCCAGUGUCAAGAGCAUGACCGACGCUUCGGGCUGUAGCGCUCUGGUAGACCAGGCCGGUAGAGUGGCGUGGACUUUUUCUAUUUUGUAA